CUCCUUGAACAAGGCCCGUCUUUGUAUAUGUUUAUACGUGAUACCAUUAGAGGGCGCUGCGGACAUUAUUGCUGUUAUGUGCGCUACCGGCUUUGCAAGGACAUGACACUAUUAAAGCGCUUGACUUCCUUCCUAGGCUCGACGUGAUUGGAUGAUGCGGCUUUAGCCUCUUCAAUGGAAUCAACAGCCUUGCAAUAACUUGGCCAUUGAGGAGUUUGUAUGAACAGAAGCCGGCGGCAUCAUGAGAGCGGCUCCUGCUGUGCUUACGGCACUGACUGCGCUUAGCGCCUAUUAUGUGUACUCUCCCCUGCCCAGCACCAUGUCAGAGCCCUGGAAGCUGAUGCUGCUGGAUGCCACCUUCAGAUGUGCGCAGGAUCUGAGCAAUUUGGUCCACUAUUUUGGUCUCAGUCAUCAUUUGAGAGUCCUGAAUUUUGUUUCUAACUAUUUCGACAAGUUGGAUCCUGUAUCUUCAGAGCAUUUAAAAGUCACAGAUACGGUGUUUGAUGGGGUUGAAGUCAGAAUCUUUGAACCUACAAAGGGUUUUAAUAAGAAAUUGAAAAAAGCCAUUGUAUAUAUCCAUGGUGGAGGAUGGGCCCUGGGAAGUGCAAGAACGAGGUCCUAUGAUAGCUUAUGUCGUAAAAUAUCUGAAGAUGUGAAUGCGGUCGUUGUUUCUGUUGAGUACAGACUGGUACCAGAUGUUCAUUUUCCUGAGCAAUUAAAUGAUGCAUUUGCUGCCGCCAAGUACUUUUUGCGCCCAGAAGUGCUUGCAGAAUAUUCUGUUGAUCCAUCGAGAAUCGCAGUGUCUGGUGACAGUGCUGGAGGAAACCUUGCGGCUGCAGUCUGUCAGCAGCUAGCUGGAGAUAGCAGUGUAAAAACCAAAGUGAAACUCCAAGCCUUCAUCUACCCUGUGCUGCAGGUGUUAGAUUUCAACACUCCCUCUUAUCAACAAAACAAGGACAUGCCAAUUCUUUCUCGCUUCGUCAUGAUAAAAUUUUGGCUCGACUACUUGAAUGGAAGCCACAGUUUUGCACAUUCAAUGCUCAUAAACAAUCACACAUCUCUUGACCUCAGCGAAACUGUAACCUUACGCGAGCUAUUGGACUGGAAUUCGUUAUUACCUCCAUCUCUCAAGAAAAAUUACAAGCCUGUUUUACAAAGCCGGGGCACCCACAAAAUAAUCAGUGAGGUGCCUGCAUUACUUGACUUGCGUGCAUCUCCACUGAUAGCCAAGAAGGUAUCACUUCAGCUCCUUCCUAAGACUUAUAUCUUAACCUGUGAGCAUGAUGUCUUAAGAGAUGAUGGGACCAUGUAUGCUAAACGCUUGGAGGAAGCUGGUGUUGAUGUUACCCAUGACCACUAUGAAGAUGGAUUCCACGGAUGUAUGCUGUUUGCCACAUGGCCUACUUACUUUUCAGUUGGAGCAAGGACAAGAGAUGGAUAUGUAAAGUGGCUCAAUGAGAAUCUGUAGAUAAUUUUAAGAUACCAGGCUACAGGGUACUUCAUGCAAAAUAUAAAGCAUCUGUAUAUGUUUUUGACUUACUCCCAACAUUGCUGGAAACAGUAUAUGAGAAUUCUCAUUUUGUUAGGUCACACUGGUUCUCAAUACAUCAGUCAUUAUGUCUCUCUCACACAGCUUCUACUCCAUUAAACAGUGCAAUCAACUAUUUCUUCUUUCUGCAGGCACCAGAGGAUUAUGAAGAAUAAAUCAUACAAAUUCCAAUACAUAAUCCAAUAGCAUCUGCUAUUAAGGAUAUAUGUGGUAUAUAGUGCAUCACAAGAUACACAGUGUUACUUUCUAGAAUUUUCGAGCUUUAUGGUUUAUUAUUUGUCUUUUAUUCUGUGAAAUUGGGUAAAUACUACCUAGGUAUUUUAUUAAACUAACAUAGGAGCUACCUUGCACUAGCCUGCUUUUAUACACUACUGUCUUACAGUAGAAGGAAAUGAAGCUGGAUAUGGUUUGUCUUAUUCCAGUGAUAUAUAUUUAAUCUGUUCUUCUAUGCAGAUCCACUGUCCUACUCUAUGCUCUUGCCACUAGGUCAGAUUCAGAGAGUUGUUUGUCUAAACAGAUAUAUAGGGUGUAGGUAUUGUUCUAGAGCAGGGAUCCCUAACUUUUUUUUUACCCAUGAGCCACA